AUGCCUUUCUUGUACUCCGACACGCAACCAAAGAUCCUCAUUGCAGGGGCCGGUAUCGGCGGACUGACCACCGCGCUAGCACUCCAUGCCGCGGGCUUCAGCGACGUUCAGAUCUUUGAGACAGCAUCAACGCUCACCACACUCGGCGUCGGCAUCAAUGUUCAACCUUCUGCAGUUCUGAUUCUGCGCAAUCUGGGUCUGCUCGAGGCCCUGGAAAAGACUGGCAUCAAAACGGCAGAGCUGAACUUCUACAAUCGUCAUGGAGAUUCUAUUCUGAGCGAGCCAAGAGGGAUGAAUGCAGGUUACGAAGUGCCUCAAUUCUCAAUUCAUCGUGGAGAAUUCCAGAUGUUGCUUCUGAGCGCUGUGAAAGAACGCCUUGGUAACGAUGCUCUACAUCUGAACCAUGCGCUGGCGGCGUUUGAUCAAAACGACGAAAGCAUCACAGCGCGCUUCGCGCAUCGAAGGGAUGGUGCCCCGGUGGACGAGUCAAGCGUAACAGGCGAUAUCUUGAUCGCGGCCGAUGGCAUCAAUUCCGCAGCAAGAAGGCUUCUCUACCCCGGCGAAGGCCCACCACGCUUUUCGGGACGCAUGCUCUGGCGCGGAUGCAUCGAGCGCGACCAGUACCUCACAGGCGCAAGCAUGGUGUGGGCAGGUCACGCCGAUCAAAAAUUCAUCGCAUACCCCAUCAGCGCACGAGCAGCCGCCAAAGGCAAAAGUUUAGUCAACUGGAUUGCAGAGCUACGCACACGCGACAAAGACGACACAGACCUCACACCCCCCAAAACUGACUGGACUAAAGCCGUCAAGAAGGACGUUUUCGCAGGGCCCUUUGAGACAUGGAGAUGUGGCGGUCUUGAAAUGAAGGAUCUGGUCGACAACACAGAGAAAGUUUUCGAGUUCCCCAUGUCAGAUCGCGACCCUGUAGAAGCCUGGUCCUUCGGCCGGCUUACUCUCAUGGGCGACGCAGCACACGCCAUGUACCCCAUCGGUUCGAACGGCGCGUCACAAGCCAUCAUCGACGCGGAAACGCUUGCUAAGCAUCUCUCUGGAAACACCUCUGAUAUUCCAGCCGCGCUGAAGGCAUACGAGCAAGAGAGGUUGCCGCCCACCGCUAAGAUUGUCAUGGCGAAUCGUGCGAACGGGCCGGAUCAUGUCUUGCAGCUUGCUGAGGAGAGGGCGCCCGAUGGGUUUAAGAAUGUGUAUGAUGUUAUUCCUAAGGAUGAGCUGGAGGAGAUUGGUAGGGUGUAUAAAAAGGUUGCAGGAUUUGAGAUGGAGAGUGUUAAUGUGAAGGCGAGGGAGACCGAGGGGGUGCAUAGGGAGAAGGGGCUGAAGAGUCCGGCGGACUGGAUACAGUGA